CUUCACGACACAACAAGUUGAUACCAACUUUGGUAAGAGCUGCAAGUGUGACUCGCGAGUGAAGCCAUACCGACUCUAAAAGAAGUGAGCCGUGAAAGUCAAUAGUGAGCGGAGCUGUGAGGCGCAAGUAAGCUUAAGUCCAAGGUUCCAUGUCGGGGUCAUUUGCGAACCCUACUUUUCGCGUAUCUCCCACAUAUCAAUCAUUAUAAGCCCGUACAUCAGAGACACCAAGACGUUCUUCAUACCAUUCCAUCACACCAUGAGUUCUACACACGGCGACCAAGCAUCUACCAACAGAAUCGGCUCCACGCCAGCACAGCGCCAUGUCAUCUCCGCUGCUCAAGCACAGGGUGUGCUGAACGCCGCUGCAAAGUACGCCGAGACUGUCACCCCUCAGAACAUUGCAAUUGUUGAUCCCUCCGGCCUCCUUGUUGCAUUCUUGCGCAUGGACAAUGCCUACCCUGGAAGCAUCGACCUGAGUAUCAAGAAGGCCCGCACUACCGUCCUCUUCAACGGUUUGCCCAGCGGAGUUGUCUAUGAUCUUGCACAGCCUGGAGCUCCUUUCUACGGCAUUCAGGAGACUAACGGCGGCUUGGUCGUCUUUGGUGGCAGCCUGCCUCUUUACAAGGACGAUUUCCUGCUUGGCUCGAUCGGCGUUAGCGGAGGCAGUCCCGACGAGGAUCUUCAAGUCGCACAGGCUGGCGUCGACUGGUUGACCAAGUCGUCGGAGUAGACUUUUGAUCAUGACCGCAAAGAGAAACAGCAUGCUCUAGCAUAGGCGUUAUGGGAAAGCACUCGGAUUGAUCAGCAAAUAAUUUCCUUCUGGCCGAACAGCAGCCCAGAAAUCAGGAUGAGCCACAGCCACAGCACCUACAGGCUAUAGGGAUAGAAGCACAGACAACUAUCGAAUCAUGAAUACGAAUCACCAUCAACAUGCGUCGUUCCUGUA